AUGUUGAUCUACGUCUCCAUAUUCCUAUCAAUGUCGGUAAUGACUGUAGUUUGUUUAAUUCUUUCAUGCCACAAUACUUUUAAUGAGAAAUAUAUGGUGUUCGUGAACAACGGCAUUGAUAUCUGCAAGAAGUUCACCAUAUACGGAACCGUAUGGAAAAUUUAUUUAAUGUGCAUUUUGAAAGUGAUAUUUGACACGAUUACAAUAUCAAAAGUGAGAAAGAUAAGAAGUCGUCAAGGAGAAGCAAAGUUUCAAAAGAAGGAGAUUGAUUUCUUGAAGCAGUCACUCGGCCAAGCAAUCUACCUCGUAAUUGCUAUAGCUUGUCAAUACAUAGUCCCAAAGUUGACUACAAACAGCGUGGCUAUGUUCAUCUUUAUCUCUUUGAAUUGGCCUAUGAUUCAUAUAGUGGAUGGUGUUCUCACACUCUAUUUCAACGGAGAAAUCAGAAAGUGUUUAACGAUGAAUCGAAAAAUUGCGGUGCCCGGAAGUAAUUCUGUAAAUGUAGUUGUCAAAUGA